AUAGUGUUGAUGAUGAAGCCAUUAAUAUCCUUGACUGAUGUUACAUUUGUUGAAGCAGUUACUGAAAUACAUGUGAUCUACUGGAUGCAUGAAUCAUAUCUGAUGUCUUCACUGAAUUUAAUGGAUGCCUGCCUCCAAGUGAUAGACAUCUCCUUUGAAGCUAUGCUGAAAGCAUGUUUUUCAAAAGAUGAUGAAAAAGAUGGUUGUGAAACUGAUUCUGAAUAUGGAGCUGAUAAAGCUGAGAAACAUAUUGAAGAUGAUGCCAACAAGGAUGGGAAUCAUGGCAAUACUGAAGAAUCUUCUGUAACAAAACAUAGAUUGGUAAAUUAUUGUUGUAAACUGUUAAUACCUUCACAAAAGGUAAGCUCUACAUUCUGUGUUGACAAGUGGCUAAGAAGUGUGAGCUUAGUUUUAUCUCUUUCCAGUGAAAUAUCUUUGGAACCCAAAAUCAUCCAACACCUGCGAAUCUGCAGUGAUUUUGCAACACUGAUCAUUAUUCCAUACAGCCUCCCAAGUGAUACCCUGUUAGAACUAGGUGAAAACAUCUUAAUGCAAGGACUAGGUUCUGAAGAUCUUUUGUGCUGUAUCUUUUCUCUUCUCUGUGAUUUGAGACAGAAACUGGUGAAUGCUGAAAAAGAUCUUCAACACUUUCUGACAUGUUAUUUAAGCUCUUGCCUUUCAGCUGAUCCCAAUUCUCAGAUUUUGGCAUGGACAUUCAAAGAAUUGAAAACAAAACUAUUUGAAUCAAAUUUCUACUUUUUUGGCCCAACUUUGCAUCAAGCUCUUGCUAUGGAAGUAAGUACUGGAUUAGAUAUUUUGAAUGAUAACCAAUGUGAUAACAAUGAAUUCAUUCAAAUUUUGAAUGAUUUUCUUGAUGCAGAUAGUGAGACACAAGAGGGAGCUUCAGUUUUAGCAGCUCUUAUCAUAGAUGUGUUACACCACUUCAUUCUGAACGAAAUUGAUCUGUUUGAUGGAAGUGAUGAAAAUAACUGUGCUGUGGUUAAAGAAAUGUUCAGGUGUCAAGAAAUUAUCUCUGUUGAAGACAAAUUAAACUUUAAAAGAUUGGCUGCUAUAGCUUUUCUCAAGUCUGUCAUAACAAGUUUAUCUUGUGUCAUAAAAAGCAAAAAUGUAGGGUUUAAACAGACCAGUUACUGGCAACAAAUGUGCAACAUCUUUCAUUUAUGUCACAAUGGACACGAGGGAUGUAACAAAAACAGAGCCAUAGAAUCCAUGCAGAAAAUGUUGUUGCAAACUCUUGUUGAAGGUGGAGGAUUGAAAGGGUUUGAUGAAGUCAGACAGGCUUGUACUGACAUGCCAGAAUUUCUCCAUGUCAUUGACAUUGAUUUGGAGCACAGGAUACAGACAGUGGAGCACAACCCAUGGGCACAACAUGAUGAAAAAGAAAAAGUAGCAUUUUAUUCUCUUAGAAGUAGCACAACAGACAUGUGCUCACUAAUGGAAUGUGUUGAUGAGAAUCCUGAAGUUUUGAUGAAGAUGUGUUCUUUUGUAAUCCAGCAACAAUUUUUAAAGCAAAUUGUUAGUCCACUUACAGGCACAGAAAAAUCUAUUUCAGAAUCAUUUAUACAGUGUGCUAAAGACUGUUCUAUUUCACAGCAGAUAAUCCAUCUUUUUGAGUGCUUGUGUGCAUCAAAGGACUUUGAUUUCCCACUGUUACAUAUCAGUUCAUCAACUGAUAAUGAGAAUUUCAGCAUGGUGUCUGUCCUGGUUCAUCUCUUCAGUAUCAUUACUGUGCAAGAGGCAAGUGGAACUACUUCAGUAUUAAGCAGAUGUCUUGUAAAUCCUGUUGAACUGGAUCUGGUGUAUAUAUAUUCAUGCCCUGAUGAAGGUGCUGCAGAAACACUUGGUGCUCUCAAGUUGGAAAGUGUUGAUAUGGUAACAUUCAUUAACUGUUCUUGUACCUUUGUCACUGCAAUAAAGGAUAAUAGAGGUAAACAAAACACAAAAUGUUCAGUUUGCCAGUAUCAGUUUCCAGAUGGGCACAAAAAAUCGAAAAAAAUUAGUAUUCAAGAUACGCAUGAUGCACGUCAUGGCUAUACAUGUUUUGAAAAUGACUUUGUAAAGAAUCCUUUAAAUUCUAUAAGAAGACUUUCACCUGUUGCUUUCCGACUGUUACAGUUUCUGAUACAUGGCUCUUUUGUUGGAUCACUGGCUUUACAGAACAGCACCAUUGAUGAUUUGGCUACAGUCUUGAAAUUGAAUGAUGGAGCUCAAGUGAUUAAUCAUUUAACUGAACAGUUACAAAUUCACUGGAAAGCAUUGAAAACACUCACUUUCUUUGGUGAUGCCCAGCUCUGCAAAUUUCUGCAUCAUGUACUUGAUGAUCAAAAGAGAUUGCUUUUUGAAAACCCCUCAGCAUUUUUGAAUAAACAGGAAAGGGAAGAUUUUGAAAGAGAGUUUGAUGAAAAUGUAGUCGUCCUUAUGAAAGAUCGGUUUGAUCUUGUUCAGAAAAUAGUAAUAACGAAUUCUGAGACUGUGGGUGACAAUCCUGCUGUUGAGUUUGAGAAAACACUGAAUGAGAUUCCUGAUGACCACGGAGACUCCAAACAUCUGACAAGACUCUUCAGAAUAACAAUUCCACCAACAAUGGAAAAUAUGGAGAUAGAAUUUUUAAAUGCCAAAAUGGGAUCAUCCUUUCCAAUUUUAGGGCUAGUGUUUGAAAAGAAAGUGAUGUUGGAUAUGCUGUCUCAUCUACUGCCACUUGUUCAAUGGCAUCUUUGCACUGUUAGGUAUUUGAGAAACAGAAUUAAAAAGGCUGAAUGUAACAAGACUGCACUGGAAACAUUUAUUUAUAAUUUAGAACAAAGUGGCAAUAAGGACUCAGAAAAGGCACUUAUUAACACACAUGAUAAAUUCAGAGAGUCGUGGAAUAUUUUGAUAAAUCACAUUCCAUUUCUUCAAAGAUACAAUUCUGAUAUUGGAAAAAUGGAAAGGAUCCAUAAAGAUAGCAAUUUGUCUGAAUCACUUGUGAUGGAUGAUGCAUCACCACUGUUCCAGGUCAUGACAGCUCUUCAGAACAUGCACAAUGAGUUCCUUGACGAUGCCGUGAUAAUCAGCUUGUGUAUGAAAUGCCAUUCUACAAGUUUUCUGAAAAAAAGUACAAACACAUCAGUACUUCCUUGUAUUAAUCUUGAGGAUCUAACAGAAAAAGAAGUCAUCCCCAACCCCCUUGAUGAAGAUUUGUUGAAGUUUUCUCAGUGCAACACAAACCCUGGUUGUGGUCUUCAGAGGGAUUAUGAUUUCUAUCAGAUUGAGAUGCAAGUUGCAGACAUGUGCUUAAUAAAUAAGCCAUACCUGAAGAUCCAGUCAACAUUCCCUCGUGUAAUUUUUUCAGGGGAAAUACUGCAAAUGUCAAAAAAAGUGUUUGACGAAAUACGUGAGAAUGUUCCACAGAUGCCACUUGAAAAAGAUCUAGAAAAAUCUGUACUGCGACUAAAAGAAGAAAAUCCAAGUAAUUUACAAGGAUUAUUGAACUAUCUUGAAAUGGCUUUUCGCUUGUUAACACAAAAUCCAGUGGUACAACAGGAUGAUCCUCAGAAUAUCUCACAAUUACUCAAACAAUGGCAGUCUUUGAUAUCUGUACAAAUCCCAGCUGUAACUACCUUCUGCUCCAAAGUACACCUGUGCUAUAUUAUUGGGCUCUAUGAAUUUGUUGAAGUAUUGAUGGCAGACUAUGUUGUUGAUUCACUGGAAGAAAAGUAUAGAAAACCAAUUCCAGAUGAAUGUGUGGAUCAGUUGAAUGGAGUAGCAAGGCAUGCAAAUAUCAAACUCUUGGACACAGUUAUUUGUGUUCUAAAAAGAUUUGCUUUCAGGCAUUUAUCCACUUCGUAUAGAGAUGCCAGUGACAAGUUAUCACCAUGCUUGAUGGACUCCACCCUGUGGCCUACAGGUAUUGUGCAGAAAGUGACUUCUGGUGAAACAAACAUGGAUGCUGGAAUGCUGUCACCUUACCUUGCUGUUGAACACAUUGUGGAAAUCAUCCAGUUUUUCAAGAAUGCAUUACAGGAAAAAAGAAAGAAAGUUAAUAGUGCAAGUGCUAGCUUUGUUUCCCAACCUAAGGAGCAGCCAAGCCAAUUUUUGAGACAGAAAACUGCUCAGCGUUUCAGGAAGAAGUGAAAGAGAAAUGAGGAUUCCUAGAGGACCUGAAGCCUAAACUUCAUCACUUCAUCAAUGGUGGGCUGGUUAAAUGUUCUGGGACAAAUCUGUGCAAAGACAAGCUUAUGCUAGAAGCUCUUGGUUACACAUGGAUUGAGAACUGGCUCUGUAGUUUGUAAAUGCAACAUCUCUAUACACACAUUUGUAUAUUAUUUAAAGUUGUAUUCAUAAUUUGCUGACACUCAGUGCUGUUUGCAAUAUUUUAAUAGUGUGUGGUGUUUACUGAUAGUUGCAGCAUAUUAUACAUAAUGUUGAUACUCUAUGAUUAUAUGUCUUUGAUAUUUGUCGGGAUAUGUGCUGAUCAUAUGCUGAUACUGGAGUUUUCUGAUAAUGAAAUGUAUUGAUAGUUAUGCUGUUUACUGAUACUUACAGCAUAUGACAAAUGGUGUUGAUACUAUAUGAUUGUGUUUCUUGUUGAUGUGCAUGUGCUGAUCUUAUGCUAUCACUUGUGUUUUCUGAUGGCAUGUUGACACUGAUCUUGAAAAAGGCUGAUCAUAUGCUGAUAUGGCUUGGUGGUUUCUGAUAUUUACAACAUAUUGUACAUAGUGUCGAAUACUGUAUGAUGAUCUUUCUGCUGUUGGUUGACAUGUUGUGAUGCUAGAGUUUCCACAAUUAAAAUAUGCUACUCAUAUGCUGUUAUUGUGUGGUGGGUUUUUUUAAUUGUUUCUGAUCAUUGCUGAUACACUGGUAUUUUUUGUUGUUGUUGAUAACAUGUUGAUCAUAUAUGCUGACACGUACUGGGUUAAGAUAUUGAAAUGCAAACAUGUAGGCUGAUCCUAUGCUGUAGUGAUGUUUACGAUAUUAACAGCAUUUUGUACAUAUAUAGUGUUCAAUAUGAUGUUUGUUGACAUGUUCUGAUCAUGUAUGGACACUUGAGUUUUCUGAUAUAGAAAUAUGCAUCAAAUGCUGAUACUAUGUACAUGGUGUUUCCCGAUAGCAUAUUGUAUAUAGUGUUGUUUUUUAUGUUUGUUGACAUGUGUUGAUCCUAUGCUGACACUGGUGUUUCUGGUGUUGAAAUAUGCUGAUCAUAAUUAUGCUGAUAUGGCACGGUGGUUCCUGACAAUUAUAGCAUGUUGUAAAUACUCUUGAUACUUUAUGAUUGUUUUUCUGAUGUUGAUAUGUGCUGAUAUUUCUGAUAUUGAAAUUCGCAGAGCGUAAAGCAUGGUGUUUCUUGAUUUUUUAAGCAAGUUGUACAUAGUGUUGAUACUACAUGGUUGUGUUUCUGAUGUUGUUGUGCUGAUCAUAUGCCGACACUGCAUGGUGCUUCUGAUGUUGUUGUGCUGAUCAUAUGCCGACACUGCAUGGUGCUUCUGAUGUUGUUGUGCUGAUCAUAUGCCGACACUGCAUGGUGCUUCUGAUGUUGAAAUAUUCUGAUCAUAUGAUGAUAGUGUACAUGUAUGUUUCCUGAUAUUUGCAGCAUAUUGUACAUGUAGUGUUGAUACUGUAUGAUUACAUUUCUGAUAUUUGUUAGCAUGUGCUGAUUAUAUGCUGACACUGGUUUCUCCGAUAAUGAAAUGUGCUGAUAUGUAUAGUAUUUACUGAUUCUUAUAACAUAUUGUAAAUAGUGCUGAUUCUAGAUAAUUGUUUCUGAUCAUAUGCUGACAUAAUUUUUCUUUUCUGAUGACAUGUUGAUACUGCAUAUACUUAUUACUAUCAGCAUAUUGUACAUAAAGUGUUGAUACUAUUUGAUUGUGUUUCUGUGGUACAUUUGCUGAUCAUAUAUAUGCUGGCACUUGUGUCUUCUGAUGUGUUGAUCAUAUAUGCUGACAUUUAUCUUUUUGAUUUAUUAUGUAAAAUGAAUUCUAUAAUUGUUGAUGUGCUAAUCACAAGUUAAAUUGUCUUGUCAUAUGUUGGAGUUUUCUCAUACUUUAUGUGUUGUACAUAUUAGAUGAUAUUGUACAGUUUCAUUUCUGAUACUUGUCGACAUGUACAUGCAUGUGUAUGUACUGAUCAUAUGGCAUAUGUACUGAUCAUAGGCUGUAUGUACUGAUCAUAAUGGCGUAUGCACUGAUCAUAUGACUUAUGUACUGAUCAUAGGCCGUAUGUACUGAUCAUAUGGCAUAUGUACUGAUCAUAGGCUGUAUUCUGUACAUAAUGUGUUGAUACUAUAUAUAGGUAGUUGAAUUUCAGAAACACUGAUAUGUGCUAAUGUUCUCUAAUAAUGCUGUCUUGUGUUGACACUAAUCUUUCUAUUUGCUGAUCAUUUAGAGACGGACACUGGUGUCUUUAAAUGCUUACUGAUGUUCUGAUCAUAGUUUGGUGUUGGUAUAUGUUGGUAUUUCCUAUUUUCAAAUGUUGGAAUAUGCUUACUGAAUACUUGAUAGUUGUAUUUCAUAAUUUUAUUGGCAUUUCUGAUAUUGAAGUAUGCAUAUACUAAUAAGACAUGGUGUUUUUCAGCAAGUUGUACAUAGUGUUGAUACUACAUGAUUGUGUUUCUGAUGUUGGUGUGCUGAUCAUAUGCCGACACUGCAUGGUGUUUCUGAUGUUAAAAUAUUCUGAUCAUAUGAAGAUAGUGUAUGUUUCCUGAUAUUUGCAGCAUAUUGUACAUAUUGUGUUGAUACUGUAUGAUUGAUUACAUUUCAGAUAUGCGUUGGCAUGUGCCGAUAUGUAUAGUGUUUACGGAUUCUUACAACAUAUUGUAAAUAGUGCUGAUUCUAGAUAAUUGUUUCUGAUCAUAUGCCGACAUAAUUUUUCUUUUCUGAUGACAUGUUAAUACUGCAUAUACUUAUUACUAUCAGCAUAUUGUACAUAAAGUGUUGAUACUAUUUGAUUGUGUUUCUGUGGUACAUUUGCUGACCAUAUAUAUGCUGGCACUUGUGUCUUCUGAUGUGUUGAUCAUAUAUGCUGACAUUUAUCUUUCUGAUUUAUUAUGUAAAAUGAAUUCUAUCAUUGUUGAUGUGCUAAUUACAAGUUAAAUUGUCUUGUCAUAUGUUGGAGUUUUCUGAUACUUUAUGUGUUAUACAUAUGAGAUGAUAUUGUAGAGUUUCAUUUCUGAUACUUGUCGACGUGUACAUGUGUAUGUAUUGAUCAUAUGGCAUAUGUACUGAUCAUAGGCCGUAUGUACUGAUCAUAUGACUUAUGUACUGAUCAUAUGCCUAUGUUGGAUAUUAUUCAUACCGUACUUGGAAAUAUUCUGUACAUAAUGUGUUGAUACUAUAUACAGGUAGUUGAAUUUCUGUAACAUUGAUACAUGUAUGUGCUAAUGUUCUCUAAUAAGUAUUUCUAAUGUUGUCUUGUGCUGACACUAACAUUUGUAUUUGCUGAUCAUUUAGAGACGGACACUGGUGUCUUUAAAUGCUUACUGAUGUUCUGAUAAUAGGUUGGUGUUGGUAUUUUCUGAUACAUAUAUUACUAUUAGCAUAUAUGGUGUUGAUAACAUAAGAUUGUAUUUCUAUUGCUAACAUGUGCUGAUCAUAUGCUGAUACUAGUGUGUUGUGCUGACAUGUUUGAGCUGAAACUGAGUUUUCAAAUAUUGGAAUAUGCUUAUUGAAUACUUAAUUGUUGUAUUUCAUAAUUUUAUUGGUAUUUCUGAUAUUGAAAUAUGCAUAUACUGAUAAGACAUGGUGUUUUCAGCAAGUUGUACAUAGUGUUGAUACUAUAUGACUGUGUUUCUGAUGUUGUUGAUGUGCUGAUCAUAUGCCGACACUGCAUGGUGUUUCUGAUGUUGUUGAUGUGCUGAUCAUAUGCCGACACUGCAUGGUGUUUCUGAUGUUAAAAUAUUCUGAUCAUAUGAAGAUAGUGUAUGUUUUCUGAUAUUUGCAGCAUAUUGUACAUAUAGUGUUGAUACUGUAUGAUAACAUUUCUAAUAUUUGUUAGCAUGUGCCGAUAUGUAUAGUGUUUUCCGAUUCUUAUAACAUAUUGUAAAUAGUGCUGAUUCUAGAUAAUUGUUUCUGAUCAUAUAUGCUGACAUAAUUUUUCUUUCCUGAUGACACGUUGAUACUGCAUAUACUUAUUACUAUCAGCAUAUUGUACAUAAAGUGUUGAUACUAUUUGAUUGUGUUUCUGGUGUACAUCUGCUGAUCAUCUAUAUGCUGACACUUGUGUUUUCUGAUGUGUUGAUCAUAUAUGCUGACAUUUAUCUUGCUGAUUUAUUACUAUGUAAAAUGAAUUCUAUAAUUGUUGAUGUGCAAAUCACAAGUUAAAUUGUCUUGUCAUAUGUUGGAGUUUUCUAAUACUUUAUAUGUUGUCUAUAUGAGAUGAUAUUGUACAGUUUCAUUUCCGAUACUUAUCGACAUGUACAUGUGUAUGUACUGAUCAUAGGCCCUAUGUGCUGAUCAUAUGCCUAUGUUGGAUAUUAUUCAUACUUGGAAAUAUUCUGUACAUAAUGUGUUGAUACUAUAUACAGGUAGUUGAAUUUUGGAAACAUUGAUAUGUGCUAUUGUUCUCAAAUAAGUAUUUCUAAUGUUGUCUUGUGCUGACACUUAAGUUGCUGAUCAUUUAGAGACGGACACUGACGUCUUUAAAUGCUUACUGAUGUUCUGAUCAUAGGUUGGUGUUGGUAUUUCCUGAUACAUAUUUUACUAUUAGCAUAUUUCACAUACCCUGUAGUCGGUUGAGUGCUCGCCUAAGGUGCUUACAUUGCAGGAUCAAACCAUUGCACCUGUGGAAAAGUGCAUAUAAAAAUCUCUUGCUGCAGUAGGAAAAAUGUAGCAGCUAGGUUUCCUCUGAUGACUACGUGCCAGAAUUAUGAAAUUAUUAAUUAAUCAAUGUCAUUAAACAACAGCAAAAAACAUACCCUGUAGUGUUAAUAACAUGAUUGUGUUUCUGUCUGUUAAUCAUUAAUUUGUGUUGAUCAUAUGCCAAUACUGGUUUUCUCUGCUGACAUGUUUCAGCUGAUACUGGGUUUUCAAUGUUGGAAUAUGCUUACGGAAUACAUUUGUGCUCAAUUAGUUUUAUUGCUGAUUAUGUGCCUGGUAUGUACUGAUCAUAUAUGCCGACAGGUGAUUUCUGAGAAUAAGUGUACUGUACAUGUAUGUAUAACAUGUAUACAUGUACAGGUAGCUGUGUAUUUUAUACUUGUUGUUUGUCCAUGUUUGGAUAAUAGGUUUCUUCCCAGAUAUUAUCAUGGGUUAAUCAUAUUCUGAUACUGUAUGGUGUUUUUUGUACAUACUGUAUUUUUUUAAAAUUGUUGGCUUGUGCUAAUCAUGUAUGGACAUAUUUCUGAUUUUGACAUGUGUUAAUUGAAAAUAUGCAUCUGAUACUCUGUCAAAUUCAGGUUGUGUAUAUGUUGAUACUACACGUGUGUACUUACAUGUACUGACAUAUACUGACACUGGAUUGAGUUUUCUGAUGCUUAAUAUACUGUACAUAGGUACUGAUACAAUAUUAUGUAUUGUUCGUGUGUGAACACAAGUGGGUUGUUUUCUUGAGUUAUUAUUUUUCUUUGACAGUGGUGGUGAGGUUAAUACUAAAUAAUAAUUUAAGUGCAGGUUAUAUGCUGACUA